UUCUUAAGUGAUAUAACUGAUAAUCGUCCAUCUAUUUCAACAUAAAUAUAGAAGACACAGAUUUAGAUGAGUUAUUAAGAUGAACAAAUUGAAUAGUCCUGAGUGGGAAGAAUUGUCGCGAGAGACAGAACAAAUAAGAGAAUUAAGUUUAGAAGAGCGACAAACAAUAACGAAAGAAACCAUUGCCGUCUGCAUUAAUUUGGGAACGCUUCUCGAAAGUAAUGAUUACAACGAAGAUCUUAGAAGAGAGCUUCAAAAGUCAAAUCCCGAUUAUAUUAAUGUUCUUUAUAAAAGACGUAGGGAUUUAGAAAAUUCUGACCACGGAAUAGUCGUCUCAGGUGAAACAAGCGCCGGGAAAUCAACACUGAUCAAUAAGAUAUUAGAAAAGAACAUUUUUAAAGGCAAAGUUCUAGAAUCCACUUCUACCAUAUGCAAAAUUCGUAAUUCUGAUAGAAUAAGAGUCAUUACCGAAAAGGUAACAGGGGAAAAAGAGGAGCAAGACUUCACUGCAGAAUGUAAUCUUUCUUCUGAAGAGGGAGUGAAAAUGCUUAGAGAUUUUUUAGAGAAAAGGACAGACCUGACAUGUAUGUCCUCUGAUGAAAACAUUCGAAGUGUCGACAUAGGCUUUCCAAUUCAUUUUCUUGAGGCAAACACAAUCCUUGUUGACACACCAGGCAUUGGUGGAUCAGGAGAAGUCACACACAAACUCAAAGAAUACCUUCCUAAUGCAUUAUGUUUUAUCUUUGUAAUAAAUGCAUCAAGUGCUGGUGGAAUGCAAGAAGACAGGCUUCCGGAAAUAUUGAACGAAAUAGCCAACCUCGUUUUGAGAUCUGACAUGCCAUGUUUUCAUCCAGAAAGCGUAAUUUUUCUCACAAACAAAUGGGAUCUAGUUGCGCUUCAGGUUGAGGAAGAAACGGAAAUGGCUCAAGUCUGGGAAACGCUGAAGACUGGUCUUCGGAAAAGAUGGCCAAGAGUUAGGGAGGAACAUAUUUUUCGAUUAAACUUUAAAGAAGUAUCAAGAGGGAAAAAAAACGCAUCAACAAAAACGUUCAAGGAUUUCCUAAAUGUGUUGGAGGCUAUGUCAAAAAGGGCAAAAAAAAUACGAAUUUUGCAACAUUUGAGGUUUCUACAAACAAUAUUGAGAAACAUGUCAAAAGGGUUAGAUGCGAGAAUAGAACUAGUGAAUAAGAGCGAGGCCGAACAAUCAUUGCUGAUUAAAGAGCACCAAGAAAAAGUAGAAAGGUUAACUGAGGAGUGCAGUCAGUUCAGAAAAGACUACCUUAAGAAAACCAAAGACACAAUUCAAAUCAUCAUACAAGAAUGUGAAGGAUUUAUGUCAACACCUACAGGCAAAUAUGAAAUAUUGAAUCCAAAAGGUCGAAGACCUAUUUCUCAAGUCGAUUGGAAUAAAACAGAUUUUGAAAAAGAAAUUCGUACUAGGGUCGAUUUAUAUGCUGUUGAAUAUUUGCAAUCGGAUCAUGUUUUAGAAAAGUUCAGAAAAAUAGUUGAUGAAAUAAACGGUUUCCGCAAAAAAAUAAUAUCAAAUAUUGAAAAAAUGGAAAGUGAAUGGGCGAAAUUAAGACCCAACGUUGAAGAAAAUAAAGAAAAAGAGUCAUCAACCUAUCUUAUAAAAUUUGGCCUACUCACCUCUCCAGUUUGGAUGACUGCGCUCGUUUUUGGCUUUGGUCUUCCUGUUGCUGUUUUUAGUGGUAUUGUUUUUGCUGUAAGCUCGUUUUUGGGCUGGGCGAGAAAGACGUCAAAAGAAAUAGACGAUGAAUAUAAAAAAUGCAUAAAGACAGUUCCAGAAAGAAUGCGAUCUCUUCUUGAACAAAACUGUGAAUCAAAUAUCAGCACAAUGAUAGAAAAGGUUACAAAAGAACUGAUUCAAAUUAUUGAAGCACUAAAAGAAAGAUUAGAUCAGAUAACGGAAAAGCGCAGUCAAAUUCUAGCCAAUGAAGUAGUACUUCACAGUCUCGAUGCAAAGAUAAGUACGAUGGAGAAAUGUGUUACAAAAUUAAGAAAAGAUCUAAAUUCUUAAAGAAAAUAUGAAUCAUACACAUAAUGACAUUUCAAAUGGAUGGUAUACGUUUGAAAAUGUAAACAUGUAUCACGCUGUUUGGAUAUUAUAAAGCUUUGCACGCACGACUGAAUAACUUUUGGACAGACUUUUACUAUUGCACCUAUCUAUCUAUCUAUAUAUCUAUCUAUCUAUCUAUCUAUCUAUCUAUCUAUCUAUCUAUCUAUCUAUCUAUCUAUCUAUCUAUCUAUCUUUCUUUCGAAAAUCGAAUGUAUUGAUUUCGUCAAUAUCAUUUUGUUGAUGUUUUAUUUAAUUUUGAUUUAUGAAUGUUCAUUUGUAACAUUAAGACGGGAAAUGAUUGCACUGAUUAUUUUAAUUUAUUCAUGCUUUACUGCAUUUAUGAUUUUAUCUUAUCAAUAUAUUAUGUUCAGCUGAAUUGUUUUUGUAUUGACUCAAAAUUUAUUUAUUUUGAACUUACAUUUUAACUUAUGGUUAAACGGUGUGACAUGAACGUAUAAAAGUAAU